CCAUCUUUACUCUCCAUCCCAGCACACAUCGCUGCCGGUGGGGCGGAAACACCGACUCAUCGACCCGGUUCAUUUCUGAGGAAGUACCGAUAGACCUGACACACACACACACAUACACACACAUUCACACACACACCCUCCGUGAUUUUUACCACUAAAUAAUCGUUCCCUUUGCUACUCAACACACACAAUGGGAGAGCGAGAGGACAUGGUUUACCAGGCGAAGCUGGCCGAGCAGGCGGAGCGAUAUGACGAGAUGGUGGUGUCGAUGAAGAACGUGGCGGGCAUGAACGUGGAGCUCACAGUGGAGGAGAGGAACUUACUAUCAGUCGCCUACAAGAACGUGAUCGGGGCCCGGAGAGCCUCCUGGAGGAUAAUCAGCAGCAUCGAGCAGCGGGAGGAGAACAAGGGCGGGGAGGAGAAACUCAAGAUGAUCCAAGACUACAGGCAAACGGUUGAGAAGGAGCUGAAGGAUAUCUGCGGAGACAUCCUGGAUGCUCUGGAGCGACACCUCCUCCCCUCCGCCGUCAUGGGAGAGUCCAAGGUCUUCUACAACAAGAUGAAGGGAGACUACCACCGGUACCUGGCAGAGUUUGCCACGGGUAACAACAGGAAGGAGGCGGCGGAGAACAGCCUGGUCGCGUACAAAACCGCCACGGACCUCGCCAUGCUGGAGCUCCCUCCCACACACCCCAUCCGCCUCGGUCUCGCACUCAACUUCUCCGUCUUCUACUACGAGAUCCUCAACUCCCCCGACCGCGCCUGCAGGUUGGCAAAGGCUGCGUUCGACGACGCCAUCACAGAACUGGACACACUGAAUGAAGACAGCUACAAGGACUCCACGCUCAUCAUGCAGUUGUUACGUGAUAACCUCACACUAUGGACUUCAGACAUGCAGGGGGAAGGGGAAGAACAGAACAAAGAGGCACUGCAGGACGUUGAGGAUGAAGCCCAGUGAGACGACGCCACCGACAGCCAACAACUCAGACCCUCCCUCACACUCCUCCAGACCCUCCCUCUCCAUCCUCUUCCUCCCCACCCCCCCUCCCCCUCUGCAGCUCCUCGACCCAGCAGGGCCACAGAGUUAACAACUUUAUUUUUCUCUUAUUUUUUAUUUUUAUAUUAGUCCUUACUGCAUUCAAGUAAAUAGCACUUAAUAGAGACGGGAAACACGACGUUUGCGUGGAGAGGAAACUGAAGAGAGUCCCUGUUGUUGUUUUUCUGUCCCGGUACAAGCAGUUCUGAAAUAUUCAUUAUUGUAUGUUGUUUUCUUUGCUUUAUCCUCAAUAUUUUUUGCUGGAUGUAUUGAGAUUUCCUCGUUAUGUAAUUACAGAAAUUAACUUUUAUUACUGAUAAUGUUGACUAUUAGUUAUGGGAGGUGUUUUAUCUGUUUUUAGUGAAGUGUCAUGCGAAUCAUUGACGGGCGAUUUGAGUAACGUGCCCUAUUUUCUGGGGGGGAGGGGAGUUUUUGGGAUAUCCGCGUGGGGCAAAGGCGUGCAAACUUUUCCACCAUCGUGAUUCUGUCGUCAUGUUUUUGUCCUUGGACUGUACUAUUGUGCUGAAAUACUGUAACUGAGUCUCUGCAGCUAGCUGGUGGUGUUUAAUUUAAAAGAAGAAAUGGGAGAUUCCACACUUCGAUUCGUCCUCGCUCCUCGAACAGAGAGCCCUAAAAUACUUAAAAGAUUGUCAGUGCUUGCAUGAGUUAACACAUUGUUUUCUGUUCUGCUUCUUUACUAAAAAGCUCCUCUGGUUUCGGAGGGUUUUCCUUUCUUUGUUUUUCUUCUCGUUUCGCUUCAUUGUGUGUAAACUUGGAGCUGAUUUGUACUACUGGAUAUCUGACUGGAGCCACAGACAGGGAAUCUGUACGUUCUGACUGAAACACAGCAUGGAAUUAACAUUAAACAAUCUAAAUUAAACAUUA